AUGCGCCUUAUGGGCUGCGUCGGCGCUGGUGCAGAUGCCGAGGGCCGAGAAGCCAGGAAGGUUAACAAGCAGAUUGAAGAGCAGUUGGCAAAGGAUAAACAGGUGAUGCGAGCAACUCAUCGCCUCCUUCUUCUCGGCGCUGGUGAAAGUGGAAAAAGCACAAUUGUGAAGCAGAUGCGUAUUCUUCAUAUCAAUGGAUUUAAUGCAGAUGAAAAAAGAGAAAAGAUUAAAGAUAUUCGACGGAAUGUUCGAGAUGCUAUGCAGGUAAUUCUACGUGCAAUGACAGAAAUCGAACCGCCCAUCUCAUUGGAGGAUCCGAGUACGGCAAUUAGCCGCGAUCAUGUUCUACGAAUCACCAACGAUCCAGAAGAUAAUUACUCUCAAGAAUUCUACGAUCACAUAUUAAAAUGUUGGAGAGACAAGGGAGUGCUGGCAUGUUAUGAGAGGAGCAGCGAGUAUCAAUUGAUCGAUUGUGCACAAUAUUUUCUCGACAAAGUGGACGUUGUGCGCCAAGACAAAUACGAUCCAUCAGAGCAAGAUAUUCUCAGAUGUCGUGUGAUGACAACUGGAAUAUUUGAGACAAAAUUCGAAGUGGAUAAAGUCAGAUUUCAUAUGUUCGAUGUGGGUGGCCAGCGAGACGAACGGCGAAAAUGGAUUCAAUGUUUUAACGACGUGACGGCCAUCAUAUUCGUGUGUGCUUCGUCUUCGUAUAACUUGGUUCUUUGGGAAGAUAACACGCAGAAUCGACUACGAGAAUCGCUUGCCCUAUUCAAAAACAUCUGGAAUAAUCGUUGGCUGAAAACGAUCUCAGUCAUUUUAUUCCUGAAUAAACAAGAUCUUUUGGCAGAGAAAAUCAAGGCGAAACGAUAUUUGCUGGAAUCAUUUUUCCCGGAAUUCGAAGGAUAUAACUUGCCAAAUGAUGCAGUUUACGAUAAUCAAGAGGAUAAGGAUGUUGUCAGAGCGAAAUAUUUCAUUCGAGGAGAAUUUCUAAGGAUCUCAACGGCGAACAGCGACGGUCGACAUCAUUGCUAUCCGCAUUUCACAUGUGCCGUCGACACAGAGAACAUCCGUCGAGUAUUCAAUGAUUGUCGUGACAUCAUUCAACGUAUUCAUCUCCGACAAUAUGAACUUCUCUAA